UUAUGAUUUGGCAAUAUUAAAGUUGUUGAUGUUUUCAGGAUCGUGCUGUGUGAUUUGUGUGUGAUGAAAUUUUAUUGUUUAUUUUUUUUUCCAACGUAGCGGCUAAUUGCCGUGGUUCCCAUUAAAUUACGUUAAUUAUUUUUCUGUGUGAAGUUCAACUGUUAUAUUAAUUUAUUUAUAUAGGAUUUUGUAAAAAAGUUCAUUAUGAAUUCCUGCGAAGACGACGAUACAGAUGAAGUUGUUUUUGAGAGUGAUGUCUUUUUGUCAAAGGCACUUGCUGACAACCUAUAUUUAUUUCAAUAUCCUACAAAAAGUAAUCAAGCUACCGAAAAGGCUGAUGAAGAAAGUGAAUGUUUAGCUGCUAGAAUUAAACCUAAUCAACAAAAAAUUGAAAUGGAAUUUGGUCUUAAUGUUCACAGCAACAGUUAUGACAAGAGCAGAGGUGAACAUAUAGCUUUAAAUGUAGAUGGUAAAGCCAAUGGAAAUAAUACUUUUUUUAAUAGCCCAUAUAUGGAUAAAUCUGUGAUUAGUGGCUCAAAAGCUAUUAUGAAUCCUGAAAAUUAUGCUUUAGGCCUUUUAAAAAAAGGAGAAUUGCAUUUAGUUCCAUUCUAUUCAAUUCUGGAACUGCAACCACAUUGUGUUCAGAUGGAUAAAAUGGAUAGUCAAGCAAAAAAAUCUAAUCCAGAAGAAGAGGAGGAGGAAGAAGAGGCUGUUGCAGUUACUGUUCGCUUUGGUGGAUCCAAUGCUGAUAAAAAUAAACAAAUGAGAGAAAGGUCUUAUCAAUAUUAUCAACAGAAAAAUGCGUCUGAACCUUGGAUCAACCUUAAUUAUCACACCCUUGGUUCAAGUAAAGCUAAAUUAGAAUUUGAGAAAAUAAUUUGUGCUGAAAUGUAUAAAGAUGCUGUUCAGGAAUUCAUGGGUUCACAAGAUUACAUUAGAAAUCUCAUUCCAGAUUCUCUUCGCCUAUCUGGCCACACAACAUCUGAGAAAAAUAAAUUCCUGUUUGAUAAACCUUUAUCCGAUCAGAUGAAAAGUAUUCUUAUCAAUGGUCAACUCUUAACAUACCCGAUGUUAGUUAAAAGGUUAAAAUCUACCCCAAAUAUUAAUGAUGCCUCAGUUGAGCUUCAACUGAAUCAGUUGGCUGUAUUAGUAAGAGGCUGUUGGGCUGUGAAAAGUGAGCUCUUGUAUGAUGAAAAAUAUAUUAGUCCUUAUACUGGCUUUCCAAGGAAUGUGUUGAUAAAUGCCAGGGAUUAUAUGCUAUGGUUGUUUACAAAAUCAUCUUUUAUUACAAGGCAAGAAGUGCUUUCUGCAGUUCAAAUUCCAAGUAGAGACUUUGAAAGUAUUGCUACUUCACUUGCUGUGAAAACUGACAGAUGUUGGCAAUUCAAAUUUCCUGAUGAUCAGGAAUUUCUUGAGAGUCAUCCUGACAUUGCAGAACGCCAGGCCAUGAAAUGGGAUCUUCGUUAUAAAAAGCUUGUUAAAGACUUGAAUAUUGGAAUGCAAGAUUCAAGUGGAGGCCCUUCUAAAACUCCAUUUGUGGUUACUCCUCGUCCUAGACAAAAGCGUCAUUCGCGUAGCUCUCAGAGUGAAGGAGAUGAAAGUGGCACAGAUAGUAUGUAUGGAACCAAAGAUUAUAACAAAUCUAAGCGCUCUUGUGCUCCUAAAAGAAAUAGCCUUGCUAGUCCUACAAAGCAAGGGUCAAAGGGAAAAUCUUUUAAUUUUGCAACAUUAGAAAUUUCACCUACGUUCUUAGAAAAUUCACCUCCCGCUGAUCUCAUGGCUGAAGUGAAGGAAUAUGUAGGUGACAUAAUGAGGACUCAAUAUUGCAUGAAACUAAAUGAAAUAAAAGAACUUGUUUCCCAAAGCCACUUAAGUAACAUUGCAACUCGCAGUGAUUUUGAGAAGCUGCUAGAGCAAGCCUUAGUGGAGUGUGGAGCACAGAAGCUAAAAAAUAAGUGGCCACAAAAUACAGUUCCUGAAACAUUAUAUGCCUUUGCCAAAUUUGAAAAUAAAUUAGAUAGGUAUCGGAAUGCUUUAUUAGACCUAUUUUGUUCAACUGCCAGAGCUAGAAUGAAUCUUUUUGUUAAAAAAGUAGAGGAUGAGCUUAGGGAAAUAGUGUCUGAAUCAGAUUGCAAGCUCCUCUUUGAGGAGUAUUGUGUAUACAAAUCUGGAUUUUAUUAUUUAAAAGGAACAAUUGCCCCUGACUCUUAGCACUUAAUCAAAUCAUUAUAUUUGUAAAUAAUAACAUCAAUGUUUUAUUUAUACCAUUGAAUAAAUCCUAUCUUUUUGAUA